AUGAGGCGGUCUGGUGCUGCACAUUCAACUGCCGGGAAACAUCACAAACGAGAGAUUCAGCUGGGUUCCAGAAAGACGCGUCGACCGCUUGAACUGCUAUUCUGGCGACUACUUACAGCAAUUGAGUCGAACUCACCGGUUGCAUUGGAACUUUGGACGGUGAACUUGGAACCUCUUUUGGCUUCGAAGGCUUAUGAGUAUAUAUUUUCUCCUAAAUGUCACUAUGCUCUUGGUCCGGAUGACCACCUACCGCGUUGUACGGGGAUGGGGUCAUCUGUGAAUGAGGAGCCCGUUUGA